AUGCGGAGAAGCCCUCCUAUGCUGGCAUUGAGUAAGGAAGAUGAGCGCAGCGCAGCCCUGGCUCGGAGAGCGCAGCAGGGAGACUACGAUGAAGGUGAGAAGCUCGAACGUGUCAAUACAGAGGACCUCAUUCUCGAACAGCUUGCGCGCAACCGGGUCUUUCUGGGAGACGAGGGUCUUCAAAAGCUCCGUUCUUCGUUUAUAAUCGUCGUGGGCUGCGGUGGGGUAGGAUCGCAUGCGACAGCGGCGCUCGCUCGGUCCGGCGUAUCCAAAAUUCGACUGAUUGAUUUCGAUCAAGUCACCCUGUCUUCCUUGAACAGACACGCCGUCGCAACGCUAGCCGACGUGGGCACACCGAAAGUGCAAUGCAUUCGGCGGAGACUGGAGCAGAUCGCGCCAUGGGUCAUGUUCGACUGUCGAAACGAACUGUUCGGGGCAUCUGUGGCCGACAAGCUUCUGGGGCCUUGGACAUUGACUGGAAGCGAGCCACAGCAACCCGAUUAUGUCAUUGACUGCAUCGACAACAUCAGCUCCAAGGUGGAAUUGCUGCACUACUGCCAUUCACACGGCAUUCGCGUGAUCUCCUCGAUGGGAGCAGGCUGCAAGUCUGACCCGACUCGAGUCGUCAUUGGCGACAUCUCCGUCAGCGCCGAAGACCCUCUCUCGCGCAGCACUCGACGGCGCUUGCGAUUGCAAGGCGUCAGCUCCGGCAUUCCGGUGGUCUUCUCCACCGAGAAACCGGGUCCUGGGAAGGCAUCUCUUCUCCCACUUCCGGAGGAAGAAUUCCAAAAGGGCCAGGUCGGGGAAUUGGGCGUGCUUCCUGAUUUCCGGGUCCGUAUUCUGCCCGUCCUGGGCACGAUGCCCGCUGUCUUUGGCUACACGAUCUCGAACCAUGUGAUUUGCGAGAUCACGGGCUAUCCGAUCGAGUACAGCAUGGCAAGCAAGACGAGGGACAAACUGUAUGACGGCGUCUUAGGCAGCCUACAAGCAUCGAUCGAGAGGCUCGCCAGGGCUGAGGCGGGUCAGGAUCUGGUGGGGCUGCGCAUCCCCGUCAGCAAAGACGAUGUUGCAUAUCUGGUUGAAGAGAUAUGGCGAGGAAAGAGUGUGGUCAGCGGUCUUCCCAACCGACUCUCCCUGAUUCCGUGGACACGGCCCGCUGGAGGGUUUCGGAUUGACCCGGACUGGGAGAAGGAAGGGCAGAAGUUUGUGAAACUGGAACUGAAAGACCUCGUCUGCAUGACCAGGGAAGAAGCUCAGCGGCAUGAGAGGGAGGUGCUCCUGGGCGGGAAGCAAGCAGCAGAAGUGUACGACGAGAAGGUGCUGCAGAAGGUCCAGGAGCGCCUUGACGAAGCAGAGAGAUCCCGAUCGAUCUGCGGGGACGACAGAGGCCUACGGAGUACUCCGUACGGAGUAUUAACUGUGGCUGUGGCAGUGUCCCUAGCUGAAUGUGUCAGAAAUACAGAGCGAGGCCGCGUGGAGCAGCCAUACAUAGAGGCUGCACCUCCGCUGUCUUCUUUGACUCGUCAAAUUCUCAAGGCGUCCAGUGUCCACUUCUGUACAGCAACAACAGCAACGACCUCUGCAGCAGACGACACCAAUGCGACGACCAUGACGGACAAGAUCACAAUGACGACGGAUCUGCCGGAUACUACCAGACAACAGUCCCUAUACUUCGACCUCGACAACCUCGAAGUCUCCAGCAGCGAUGACGAUGACGAUGAUGACGAUGACAAUUCUCCAGCCUUUGGAGGAGGAGGAGCAGGUCCAACGCCCUACUUCCGCAGCUUUCCCCAGCGCCCGCUGAUCAACUUCGCCCGGAACGCAAACCGUCCUGGCCGGCGUCGCAGCUCCCAGUCCUCGUCGCCUUCUGACCGUGAAGUCCCGAGAUGGGUCAAGGUUCUCGCAGCCAUCGUGUUCGCGCCCAAGUUCCGCCGAUACCUUACUGUCUACAUCAUACUGCUGGUGGUGUUUUUCACCGGGUGGGAGGGGAUAAUGAAGCCGCGGCUCGACGAGGAUGCGGCGCUGAUCAAGGCGUUGGAUAUCGAGUCGGAGGAGAGCGUGGGAGGCUGGUUCGGCAGCAAUGCCCGGCCCCCGUUGGCGGAUAUCAUCCAGAUGAGGACUCUGGAUCCGUCUCUACUCCCGAGCAAGGACAAUGGACGGAGGCUAGUGAUUGUGGGGGAUGUGCAUGGAUGCAAGGAUGAAUUGGAGAAACUGUUGAAAAAGGUGCACUUCGACGCCAACCGGGGCGACCAUUUGAUUCUCACAGGCGAUCUGAUAAACAAAGGCCCUCACAGCGCGGAGGUGGUGGACCUCGCGCGCAGUUUGCAUGCAUCCUGCGUCCGCGGGAACCACGAGGACCGCAUCCUGCUGUUGCGGCAGCAGAUGAAGCUGAAGAACACGCUACAUCAGUCGUCGGACAAGGACGACAAGGAGCGAAGCGACUACAGCGAGCGCAAGGUCGCGCGGCAGCUGACGGACGCGCAGGCCGCGUGGCUGGAGGCGUGUCCGGUGAUCCUGAAGCUGGGCCAGAUCAAGGGGAUGGGGAACGUGGUCGUCGUGCACGGUGGGUUGGUUCCGGGGCUGGAUCUCGAACGACAGGAUCCAUCGAGCGUGAUGACGAUGCGGACCAUCGAUCUGGAGACGCACGUACCAAGCUCGUCGCGGAAGGGCGUAGCAUGGAGUAAGCUAUUCAACAAAUACCAAUCCCUCCUCCGAAACGAGAACGACAACGACAACGAAAACCCCGAAUCCAGCACAAUGACAGUCGUGUACGGCCACGACGCCGCGUCAGGCCUGAACCUGCAGAAAUACACCAAAGGUCUCGACACGGGCUGCGUCAAGGGCAAGAAGUUGACCGCUCUGGUGAUCGAGAACGGGGGACAGAAACAGCGCAUUGUGCAGGUGGGCUGUAAGGAUUAUCGUGAGGGGUGA